GAUCUGCGUUUUUAAUUUAUUCAUUAAAUAAUGAAGAGUUUUCUAAUUACAGGUUUAAUUUUCUGGUGCACAAGCAUUACGUGCGGACUGCUUCUUGAAGACAGUGUUGAAGCUCGCUUAGCUACAUUGGAAGUAAGAUUUGAACAACUAUCAAAAGAAUUGGCUGUUGUACAAGGGUGUAGCUCAGAUUAUUGCGAUAUACACUGGACAAAAUGGGCGGCCUGGGGCGCAUGGUCAAAGUGCACAGGUCAAUGUGAUAAGGGUUAUGGAUCAAGCGAGCAAACAAGAACACGUGCACGCACGUGUAUCGGUCAAGGACAAGAAGGUCAGGCUGUGCAGUGUACAGGUGACUCCACGGAAACAGACAAAAGGCCUUGUAAUGCUGUAGAACUGUAUGGUUGUCUUAACACGGCACAAAGCACGAACAAUACAUAUGGCAUGGUUUACAACUUCUUUGAUGAGCUGGCACAAAGCGCGUGCACGGCUGCUGUAAAAACUGCCUCACACGUGCUUGCAUUGCGACGAAAUUGCAAUUCCGGAAAAGCACCGCAAUGUUCGCAAAUUUGUUCAAACGCAGGAUACAGCUGUUUUGACGAACUGCAUGUAUACCCACCUCAUAAUGUCCUUAAACCUGACGUAUACACGGACGAAGGAAAAACCGGACUUAUGAUGUUUAGAUAUUUUUCAUGCUCAUUUGUCACUGGGGGUUGUGGUCCGAAUUAUUGCUGUUGUCAAUAUUAGGGAAGAUAAAAUCGACAGUACUAAACGGAAUAAAAUAAGCAAUUGCCUACACUAUUCACAAGGCAAAUUAUAUUUAAAAUGAAUCGCUUAAGACGUUUUGGAGUUCUUUUGCUUUUAACUGUUUUUUAUUAGAUGCAGGACUGAUAAAACUGAUAGCAUAUAUAGGAAAGAUAAUGAAGUUAAAGAUUCUGCAUGUUAUAAUUGAGGUGGUAUACAACACAUAAGUGAAAUUUUAUGUAUGUUUAUAAUUAUGCUUAUAAAACAAUUUUUAAACAUCGAAGAAUAUGUAAAAUAUGAACUGCAAAUAUUUGUGCACAUUAUAUGUUAUCAUUUAUAUAUAUGCACUCAUUUCUUAUUGAAAAAAAUGACUAAGACUUUAUAGAAAAUAAAUUUCUUAUUACCUCCCUUUAUUUACACGAAAUGUUAAAUUCGGUAAUAUCUUUAUAAAUAAUACUUUUUGGAACUUAUAAUAUUGAUAAAUCUUUAUUUGAACAUAUUUAUGAUAUAAAAACAUUUAAAAAAUGUGUUACAGGAUCUUUAAAUGUUUAGAAGUAAGAAGAAAUUAAUCUUGAGCAAACCAUAAUCAUGACUCGAUUCAGUCUCCCGUGAUCAAAAUAAAUAGCAUACUAGUAUUUUAAAUGUUUAAUGAAUAAACAUAUUAUUAUUUCCAUUCUUUAUCUUUUAAUAUUUGUGUUUAGAGUUUAUAAUCGAAUAAUGACUCAAUACUUUAAUGUUGCCUCUUUCUACUUACUCUGAAAAAGAUUCAUUGAGGGUAUCUAUGGGCCUGCGACAUGUGUAACCUUUAUCAUGUUGAAAUUUUUAAAUGGAAUCGUCCAGCUUCCAUUUUGGGAAAUAUCCAUUAUCACUUCUAGGGAGAUCAAGAUGAAACUUUAAUAACAGUAUAGAGCUUUGUCAGCGUUAACGGAUAUACAGGGCUGCCUGGCUGUAUACUUGUGGGAAAGGUUAAAAACUUCAGUUUCAACCAGGGUCAUUGUUAUAUCAAUACAAUAAUCACUAAAUUUGCAUUAAAGAGACACAGAAAGGACUA